UUGUUCAUCAGCGACAUCCCCAAACUCAAAUCGAAGAUCCACGACUCGACAUAUGCACACUACUCAACCGUCUAAUACGAGUCAAUUCGCUGAGCGAAUUACUCACGAUGGACGUUACGAACGACACGACUAAUGGCAGCUUCGAUCCCUUCAGCCAGACCAUCAACAUCACCGUCGUCCCGGAGUACGAAACUAUGUCUAUCACCCUCGAAGACUUCUCGAGAUGGCAGCUGUAUGCCACCAGAGCCUGCAUUAACUACGGCAGCCAAUUCGGUGCCAGCAUCACGCUGCUCAUCCUCCUCCUCACCCUCACCAAAUCUGAUAGGCGACGAUCCAUAAUCUUCAUCACAAACUGCAUUGGCCUCACUGCCAACGCAAUCCGCAAUCUGCUCCAAGCAGUAUAUUUUACUACCGAAUACUGGAAUCCCUACGUCUACUUCACCGGCGACACCUCCCGGAUCACCACCUCCAUCACCGCGCAAUCUGUCACCGCCGCCAUUCUCCCUUUCAUCGUGUACACAUGCAUUCUCGCAAGUCUCAAUCUGCAGAUCCGCGUCAUGCUUACAAUCGCAACGUAUCGCUGGCAACGUAUAGUCAUCCAAUGCAUAUCCCUCGCGCUCGCGCUUGUCACUCUGACAUUCCGUUUCUGCCUCUGCGCGAUCAACGCAAAGGCCAUCGUCGACAACGAAAUCACGUCCGGCUGGCAAUGGCUACCACAAGCAUGCAACAUCUUGCUGACCAUCACCAUCUGCACCACGUCCCUCAUCUUCUGCGGCAAACUCGUCUGUGCGAUUUACCAGCGCCGCACCAUCGGCCUCCGGGCAUUCGGCCCACUGCAGGUCCUUCUCGUCAUGAGCCUGCAAACCUUCCUGAUCCCCAGUCUGUUCGCACUCGUGCAGUUUACCAGUGAUGUUGCGCAGCUGUACAGCUUGGUGCAGACGUCUGCACUGCUGUGCUUGCCGCUGAGUGCUAUGUGGGCCAGCGCAAAAGUCGGCGAGAGGCAGUCUAGUGUCGGUCUGAGCACGCCGAGUUUCGUCAGACAGUGGAAGUGUAGUUUGAGUAGCUCAUCUAUUUCGCCGCUAAGUUCGGGUUACAGGAAGGAGAGUCAUGCAUCACAAGGAUCGCCUGCUAGUCCCAGGGUACUUGAGGAAGGCUGUGAAGGGAGACACUCUUUUGAUGUCAUGGCUAUGGGGACAUAUGGAAUAAGGUAGGUAUAUGUGGUAUAAUUGGAAGCUACAUACUUCGAUUUUUUGGCUUUUCUUAUGAGUUGUGGCGCAUACCUGUGGCGGAGUGUAUUGGACCAAGAUGUCCCUUUCUUGGGUGCAUGAAUGGAGACUUGCCAUCUCUAUAUACUAUGGUGUCUUCUCUGACAUCCUUUGAAUUUUGGCGCGGAGUCUUUCGGAGAAGAAAACGUUUGUCCAGUCUCGGUUUUUUUGGCGCGAGAAAGUCUGGUGGGACACUGAAUAUCUUGGUAAUCGAGCUUCGUCAAUGCCAGAGACUGCUUUCAGAUUCGUGGAAGGUCAUACCUAAAUUAUUAUCACAAAAAUUUUGUUUGCAGCUAUCCGCUGAUCCUACACUACUCGGAAUACUGUCGAUUCUUCAGGAUGG